AUGUGGCUCGCUUCGGCCCAUCCACAUGAACCCCGAGGCACUGCCAAACUUCCCAGUCCCCUCAAAAUCAUUGAUGAUUCUAUUGAGGCUCUUGGUGGCCAAAAUGUUCUCCGUGGACUGAAAGGGGUUAUAUACGAAUCGGCAGACAUCUUCCAUACCAGCACUUUAAUGCAAAACUACAAGCUAUUCACGACCGAUCGCUAUAUUGUCAACUUGGGUUCUCAGAACCUGUCAUUCUCUUUCUCCGAAGAUGCUUUUCAACACAGGAUUGACAGGGUUUUUCAGCACUCAGACUACUUCUUCUUCGCCAAUCCAACUCUCCCGCCCGGUCACUUCUCACUUGUCAUGCAAAACGGAACGGAAAACGGGUAUGCUUGCUACAUCGAUGGAAACAAUAAUGCAUUCAUUGCACCUGAUCAAGUUGCUGGUUAUGCCGACUCUGCACUUACAGAGUAUCUGUUAUUCCAGGCCAACAAGUUUUCCCCCAAACUUCUCCUAGAUAUCCGAAGCCAUAAGCUUGCCACACAGAUUGUGGAGUUGAACAGAGUUGAGAAUCUUGCCGUCCACGACUUCGACCUUGAUAUCACCGUAAUCUUCGAUGCUUAUACACAUUACCCGAAAAUUAUAAGAUCAUUUGAAGAUCAUGCGAUAUUUGGAAAUACCACACAGGAUCUCGAACUCUCAAACUAUGCUGAGGUUUCGGGCAUUCAGUUUCCCCAUCGUCGAAUGGUGUUAUACAAUGGAAGCGCAAUUCUUGAAGACACAACCGUAUCGCGAGUUUCCGUAAACCCGACAUUCUCCCCAGGCUUUUUCGAUGGUCUCGCAGCGAACGAAACCGAAACUCGCUCAGCUCCCCCAAAGAGAAUUGCUGGGUAUACACAUGCGGAAAUUGGAGAAUACUGGUACAACACUUUCUGGGGAGGCGAGUACACGGGGACAUACAACAACCUGAGUGUCGUUCAGCCAGCCGCUGAUCUGCCCCGCGUUCACAAGUUGUUGUUCUUGGACCAGACAAAUUUGGAGCAGCUUGUGCUUGAGUUUGAUGAUUCUAUCAUUGUUUUCGAAGCACCUCCCCACCAGACUGAUUUGGUGAUCCAAUGGGUCAACGAGACGCUAAAGAGGCCUAUCACCCAUUUUUGGCCUUCGCAUCAUCACCAUGACCACAACUACGAAGUUCGCAAAUAUGUUGAGUUGGGUGCAAAAAUUAUUGUUCCCGAAGUCUCUGCGCCUUACUGGAAACAAAUCCCGAAUGCCAAGUUGAUAACUUUCAACGAAAACAAGCCUUACAUCCACUCGGACGGUAAAAUGCAAGCUCGCUUCUUGUGGAGGCCCGAGGCCGCUCACUCGGUUGAUUGGACCUAUUCCGUCAUCACAACUGCUUGUCCGUCAGCUAACAGCACGAUCUUGACUUAUGUUGCCGAUGCCUGGUCCACAGCCUUUCCGUACGAUAGUGCAUUCGCUAGAAGUUGGCUGGUACAAGCCAGUGCCGACGGAUUGAGUCGCAAUGCUUUGGCAGUUCCAGCACACGGCCAACCGACGCCGUUGGUAGAACUUAUUGAUGCAUUGGCAUUCGAUUACCCCGACCUUAAGACGACUGAUUUCAAGACGGGAGGAAACAUCUGCCUAAAAGCUCAUUAUUGA